CCUUUGCUACCCCUAUUUAUACCCAUUAGCUAUUCAGCCAUUUUCUUCAAAGUUGUACUCUAUCCGAUUAAUCAUCACUACAAGUAUCCUUCCAUUUCUAUCUAUCUUCAUGGCUUCUCUUCUUUAUCUUCUACUCAUUAUUCUUAUGAUCCCUUCAAGCAGUAGUGCUCAAAAUCCACCUUCACCUGGCUACUACCCUAGUUCCAGAAUUGGCACUAUAGGAUUUGAUCAAGGUUUUAAAAACCUUUGGGGUCCUCAGCAUCAAAGACUAGACCAAGGCACAUUAACAAUAUGGCUUGAUACUUCCUCAGGAAGUGGGUAUAAGUCACUUCAGCCAUAUCAGUCAGGAUAUUUUGGUGCAGCCAUCAAGCUUCAACCUGGUUACACUGCAGGAGUCAUUACAUCAUUCUAUCUUUCUAACAAUGAAGAACAUCCUGGAAACCAUGAUGAAAUUGAUAUUGAGUUCCUAGGAACAAUUCCAGAUAAGCCAUAUACUUUGCAGACAAAUGUCUAUGUCAGAGGAAGUGGGGAUGGCAAAAUUAUUGGAAGAGAAAUGAAAUUUCAUCUUUGGUUUGAUCCUACACAAGAUUUUCAUAACUAUGGCAUUCUUUGGACCCCCAGUGAGAUCAUAUUUUUCGUAGAUGAUGUUCCCAUUAGAAGGUAUCCAAGAAAAAGUGAUGCUACAUUUCCAUUGAGGCCAAUGUGGGUGUAUGGCUCAAUAUGGGAUGCAUCAUCGUGGGCCACUGAGGAUGGAAAAUACAAAGCAGAUUAUAGGUACCAACCCUUCAUUGGUAGGUAUCAAAAUUUCAAAAUUGGUGGGUGCACUGCAAAUGCUCCUGCCACCUGCCGGCCACCCUCGGCCUCCUCAUCUGGUGGCCUCAGCCAGCAGCAAUACUCCGCCAUGGAAUGGGUUCAGAGGAACUACUUGGCUUAUAACUAUUGUAGGGAUCCAAAGAGAGAUCAUGCUCAAACACCUGAGUGUUAAUUAGUGUAUCAUCAUCAUCAUCGCUGCAAUAGUUGGGUGAUGUACAGUGUUUGCUGUUAUAUUUGGAGUAAGUCCUGAUUCAGACUUUCAGAUAUAAACUUGAAGGGUUCUUGAGAUAGGUCCCACUUGCCAGGAAUGGAUGCAAGAGUAUAGAUGAUCAUCCACGCCUCCAAGAUUUGAUUUGCACUCUCUAUUUUUUUUUCUUGCACUAUAUAGUUUUUGUAUCAUUAACGGUGGAAUAAGUAAUAACAGCAAGCAAUCAAUUGGGUAGCAAUUCAUAUAUUGUUGUCAUAAAUUUAUGAUAGUUAAUUUUAUACUUUUUAUUAUAAAAUUUUUUAUUGUUAAAUCUAA